AUGGCUCAUCCAGGAAGGCCCAAGGGUCGUACCAAUAAGCGAACUCAGCAAACACAAUCCCAAUCGCAAUCUCAUUCACACUCUCAUACUCCAGCACCAGCCCAUGUCCAAGCUCAACUACAAGCACAACAGCAAGCUCAAGCCCAGGCACAGGCCCAUGCGCGUGCGCAGCAACAGGCACAGCAACAAGCGCAACAUACGAGGAUGAAAGAAGAGCCAGGAGUUCAGCUUCAUGAUGAUGCCGAUUUGAUAUCGUUCAGGACAGAUGCGUUGAACAGAUUUAUAACUAACCAGGAAUACAUGGAGAAUGUGACAUCCAAGCUUGUGCACACAUCCAAAAUCAUUCCUCCUGGCUUGUUUCAAACCUUGAAUGCUACCAGUUCGGAAGACUACGACAAACUGAACCCAGAAGACAUUUAUUUUGGAGACAGCGGAUUCAUGAAGUAUAAGGAAAGGAAGUUGUUGGAAGAGCUUGAAAGAUUGAAAAGUGAAGAUGACCCCCAGUUUGUCAAAUACAUACCCAAUUCCCCAGAAUACAUCUACCAGCGAGAACAGACAGAUAAGUUAAAUGAUAUCCAAUCUCGCUUGAAUGACAAGGAGUCGUUACAGGAACUCGAGUCCGAGCUCAACAAGACCCUCCUUGAGUAUCAACAAAAAUUCCAUAGGAAAUACGAUCUUACCCCUAAUAUCAAAAAAUACUCGGUAGAGAUCAAGAAAAUAUCAAGCCAGGAGGUUGAUUCAGCCCCAGAGAACUACAAUCCAAAGUCAAUCAACACUUUUAUCAACAUGCCCAAUGCGGGAAAUGCCCAGAUGUCGAUGAAUGGUCAAAUACAAGGCCAUCCCAACAUGCAUCAGCACAUGAAUGCCAAUGCGCCUAAUCAUUUCAAUGGGGGCUUCAUGAACCAGUUUGACCAGGGCCCAGCUAUGAAUUUCAAUGCCAAUGGCCAGGAUUUCAAUAUGUCGAUGGUCAAGAACGGGAACCACGAUGGAACGGGGCCUCUCAAGGCCCAUCCAAACCCCCAGAAUAUGAAUAUUCCACAGCCAAAUAUGCACGCGGUCAACCACGACGCCCGCAACCCCAUCGACGACGAUAUGAACGACUUGUUCAAAGGCGAUGACCAGGAGUUGGACCAAGGCCAGGCGAUGGUGGAGGACGAUAUGGGCGACUUGAUAAAUUUCGACGGUAAUGACGACAUGAUGGGGGGCUCAGCCUUUGACCAGGACUUUUUGAGUCAGAUUGACCAUAGUAUGGAGUGA